AUGGAUUGUACUUUGUCUUUCUGCCACAGAUUUCUGCUGGGGUCACCGUAUGUGAAGUUAAUAUUUUUGGAAAUCAUCAUUCGUUGUUGUGUACAUACCAUAAGCAUUGUACCUUUGAUAACUGACUCAAGGAGUGUGCCUGCUAGUCAGCACCAGCAGCUCCACCAUGUGGCCUCCCACACAGGGAUAACUGAAGUAAGGCUUACAGUCAGUGUCAGCAUGAAGUCCAGCAACUUUCGAGAGCAGGUGGCUUUAGUCACUGCCUGGUUCAAGGAGUGGAAUGAGUGCGAACAGACUGUGGCUCUGUACUCGCUGCUGAAGAAAAGCUCUCCUGUACAGGCCAAGUUCAUGUGCCAGCUACUGCAGCAGUCCCUGGCAGAGUGCACUGAUGUCAGACAGUUAGAAGCAAAAGCCAACGAUGAAGCUUUCGUGCGCAGCCUCUACAACGAAGAGAAGGAGAAAGUCAUACACCAGCUUCUGCAGCUACUGCCGCUGCUGCAGGUUGGCAAGAGCUCCGUGAAGAAAGCCUAUCUUCAGCUGAUCCCGGAUCUUCUGAACCACACCAUUCAUAACGGUGUCAAUAUUGAGGAGAGCAGGCAGUUGCUGUCAUACUCUCUCAUCCAUCCGGCCAUAACCUCGGAGGAGAGGGGUAGUUUCCAGACUUGGCUGGGGUGCCUGGAGGACCGGUUCACUCCCAGCUUUUCCCACGGCAGCAGCACCACCACCAGCUCUAGCAACAACAGCCUGGGCCUGAGCCACUGCAAGAGCCACAGCCCGUCGCCAGCCUCAUCGUCACAACAUUCCCUAGCACACAUGUCGCCGUUGUCUGUGUCCCAGGAGUACAUCAACGCUGCUGCCAACAACACAGCCAUGAUACCACCGGCCGCCGUGCCUUCACAUGGACACUCCUCGCCCAUGUCGAUCCUUCCUUCAGGAUCCCACACCUCAUGGCAGCAACAGCAGCAUCAGGUGCAAGGACACUAUACUGGCUUUGAUGCUAGUGCUGCCAUCAGCCCAUCGGCGCCGAGUGGCGAGACCUCGCCCUGUGCUCAGUACGUACCUCCAGUGAAUGGUCACAUGACACUUCGGGCUAGCAACAGCCAUGCCGGAGCAUCUCACGGACAUAUAGUUCUUCACUCGACCUCUUCUGCUCCACCAAACUUCAACUCAUUGCAGCUUUCUGGAUCUCAUUCCCAUGCGCAAGUCAGCCACAACAGUCACGCUCCGUUGCGACGAACGCACUCAAUCACACCGCCCGUGAGGCUGCAGAACCCAGAGAAGACCGUGUCGGACUGGUUGAAGACCAGCAUUGGACACCAUCACAGCCAGCAGCAACACCCCAUCCUGCCGCCCCGGUCCGUGUACACGGAGCACGCGCCCUUAUCCCCUCAGAGCUCGGUCACGUCGUCUGGCAGUGGCGGCAGUGACUUCCACCACGAGGACGGACCCCAGCCCAGCCGGGACAGUUUUCUGGAAGAGGGCAGCGGCAUGAGAGAGGUGCCGGUGUGGUUAAAGAGCCUGAGACUACACAAGUAUGCCUAUCUCUUUAAGCAGAUGACCUAUGAGGACAUGCUAAGUGUUACAGAAGACUGGCUGGAGCAGCAGAAUGUGACAAAAGGUGCUCGACACAAGAUCUACGUUAGCAUCCUCAAACUGAGGGAGAGGCAGGAUGUUCUCAGAAAGUUGGAGAGGAGUAUAGUUGAGGAGAGAGGGUCAAUCAAGGCUGCACUGGGAGAGAUGAAAGCCAUGCUAAACACACCUAUCAAAGCCUUCAACCCAGCACAGGUUCUUCUUACAUCCACCAUGGGCCAUUCUGCAUAUCCAACACCCACAUCAACAUCAUCUUCAUCAGUCGGUCCUCAGUCUCCCUCGGCAGACGAGGUGAUGGCAGGGGACCUCCCUGCACAGUUUUGCCGCCUCAUGGGCAAAGUGUGUACACAACUGCUGGUUACAUCCCGUCCAGAUGAUGAAUGUUUUCAGAGUUACCUUCAGCUUCUAGACAAGUGCCUUCAGCAUGAAGCAUUCUCCAGCCGCCAGAAGAACCUGAUGCAGUCCUGGAAACAGUCAGCACAAAAGAUUUGGCAACCUCCCCAGAAAUAUGGGGAUCGGCCUCGCCGAGGGUUCCCUGGAACUACAUUCCCAGCAGGGGGGACAUCUUUAUCCAGCCGGCUCAUCCCUCUUCGAGCAGGACGAGGGCCAGUGCCUCUCAGUAGUUACCUCCCUCAGCAGUCAAAUGCAUUAUGGAACUUUGGAACACGUCGGUCAAUUGUCGGAGCAGGAAAUGGUGGAACUCACACACCUGUGCAGAGAAUUGGCUCAUUGAACACACAGUUCAUCAACAAGCCGGGACUCCUAGAGCCGUCGGCCAAACAGCCAGUGACCAGGACUCACUCUGCCCCGAUCCACAGCAGGCCUGUGUUCACACUACAAGGUUGUGUUCCUAUUUCAGGUUCUGAAAAUGCCAAUGACACCGAGAUCAAUGCCAGACUGGAUUCCUUGUGUAUCAGCAUGACAGAGCAUGCCCUAGGUACCUCAGGUGA